AUGCCCAAUCUAUUAGCAUCAUUGGUUAGUAUAGAUGAGGUGCAUUUACUCAUUGGAUACUCAAGCGUUACAAAUCUAAGAAUAUCGAGCAUUAUUGAGUCGGGUGCAAGGCCAAUAAUAAUAAUUGAUAAAAAUACAAAUAUAUCACCAAUACUAAACCAAUAUAAAGAGGAGAAUAAACUACAAGUCAUAGUGGAGAAUGAUAUAGAAUUCAAUUAUCACAAAUAUUUAACAUCAUUAGGUCGAGACGAAGUUGAUUUCAUAAUUGAUCGAGUUUUCGUUACCUUGCCAAAUUCACAAGAAUCUUUAAAACAAGAUAUAUUCAAUAGUUGUAAGAGAUUAAGAAUACCGAUAAAUACUACAGAUAGUCCAAAUCUAUGUACUUUCACUUUAUUAUCAACUUAUACGCGGGGUGAUUUUCAAUUUGGUGUAACUACUUCAGGAAAAGGUUGUAAAUUAGCUUCUAGAAUUAAAAGAGAAAUGGCAACUUCAUUACCUUCCAACAUUGAUGAAAUAUGUAAUAAAGUUGGUGAAUUAAGAUCUAGAAUUCAAAUGGAAGAUAAAUUUGAAUUUGAAAUUGGUGAAAAUGAAGAUGAUGCAAUUAAUUCAAAUAUAAACUCUUUAAUAAAGGAGUUCCAAAUGACUCCUGAACAAAUCAAAUUACAGAGAAAUAGAUGGUUGAGUCAAGUAGUUGAGUACUUCCCAUUAAAUCAAUUAUCAAAUAUAUCACUAAAUGACCUUACUCAAAUCUACAAAGAGAACAGAAAAGAAACUAUAAAAACUUUAAAUAUCAAGAAGAAAGGAAUCAUUAGUUUGAUUGGUUCCGGUCCAGGUUCGAUCUCAUUACUCACAUUAGGAGCUUUAAAUGCUAUAUGUUCAGCAGAUUUGAUAUUAGCUGAUAAAUUAGUUCAACAACAAGUACUAGAUUUAAUUCCUCGCCAUACUGAAUUUUUCAUAGCUAGAAAGUUUCCCGGUAAUGCUGAAAAAGCUCAAGAAGAAUUACUAGACAUGGGAUUGAAUGCUUUAAAUCAAGGUAAGAAUGUAAUUAGAUUAAAACAAGGAGAUCCAUAUAUUUUCGGUCGUGGUGGUGAAGAAUUCAAUUUCUUUAGUCAACAUGGAUAUACACCAGUUGUCAUACCUGGUAUUUCAUCAGCUUUUGCUGCUCCUGUUUUAAGUGGUAUUCCAAUGACGCAUAGAAAUGUAGCUGAUCAAGUUUUAAUUUGUACUGGUACGGGUAGAAAAGGUGUUGUUCCUAAUUUACCUGAAUUUGUGAAAAGUAGAACAACAGUAUUCUUAAUGGCAUUACAUAGAAUAGCUGAAUUGAUACCAGUGUUUGUUGAAAAAGGUUGGGAUGAUGAUUUGCCUGUUGCUAUUGUGGAAAGAGCUUCUUGUCCUGAUCAAAGAAUAAUCAGAACUACUUUGAAAAAUGUAGAUUUGGCUGUUGAAUCUUUGGGUUGUAGACCUCCUGGUUUAUUAGUUACUGGAUAUGCUUGUGAGGUGCUACAUAAAAAUAAUGAUGAGAAAUGGACAGUUGAAGAAGGGUUUAAUUAUGAUACUUUCGAUAAUAUCUUGAAAUUGUUACCAAGUCAAAAUGGAAGUGAGGAUGAAGGUAAGGAUGAGAGUAAGGAUGUAUAA